GUGGGGACGCCAGGGUCGCCCCAUGAAGCAGCGCCACCCCCCACCCCCCCGCACACACUCACACGCACGCGGACACACUCACGCACACGCACCCCCGCCGGGCCGGUGCAGACGUGUCCUUGAAAGCUUCGCAUUUGAACAGUGAAGGACGAGGCCUCCCCGAGGCUGCGGAUCAGGGUCCUCCGCCCCAUGUCCCCGAACCCCGGGAGACCCUGAGCUUCAGAGUUGCAGGCGGCCGCGGUCCGUGUCCCGCCCUCGCCCGUGCUCCCCUCCCUAGGCGGCCCUGCCCUCCCUCUCCGUCUGCGCGGACCGAGCUGGCGCGGAUCCAGGGCCCGCCCCCGGCCUCCCCCAGCCCCUCUUCGCUGGGGCCCGCGGCCCUCCGGCUGCCAAACUGCUUUUCGCUUUCCUGGAGCCUGCCUUCUUGGGGGCACCCUCUCCCUUCCCUCCGCCUCUGCUGUUUUCCCCUUGGCUCCAUCCCUUCCGUGCUCCCUCCCCUCUCUCUGUUGCAAGGCCAGUUGAGUAGGUGUCGGCACCUUGGGUGGGAGUGGGGUCCCGCUGACUCAACCUUGGACUCCAAGGGGAGCCCCCUGUGGCUGCACCUUGACCCAAGAUGGCGUCCUGCACCCAGCUGGGCAGCUCUGGCCUGCGUCGGCUUUGGGAGGAAGGGCUACGGACUGUAGCCACACAACUGCCCCUUCUCAAACCAGCAGGGACAGGAGUCCUCGGGAGUAGCACCCUCCGCCCUGUGACCCAGCUUGCCCCUCACUGCCGUGCCCAGAGACUGCCAUCAGCAUCCCUGGGGACAGUUCAGUCUUCAUGUUUCACCCUGGGCUGCCAGCGGCUGAACCUCCUCCUGGGCAGGCGGAUGGGCGGGCUGCGCAGCGAUCCUAGGAUCAGGUGCUGCUUCACUGUGCCUCCUCCCUCCCCACAGAUGUGACAGCUGCAGCCUCAGGAGCUAUUCUGGCGUUGCUGGGGUGUUAGGACUGGCCUGUGGGAUUUGGGGAACCCAGCUGUCAGGUGGACCUCUUUGGGCUGUCCCUUCUUGUCAUUUCUUGGUAGUUUGCUAAGCCACUUGGUUUUAGCGAGUUAAGUUGUGGGGUUUCCUGCAGAUUUCUGGGGCAAGAUGGCUGGCCCCUGGGUUACAGAGACCUUGGUGAAGCUGUCCACAAGCAACUCUGUCAAAUGUGUGCAUGUAUGUACCCCAUCCUUCCCCUGGGAGCGGCCCCAGGCCAAGCUGUGUAGUGAAUCUGGCACCUGCCUGCCUCCCUCCCAGAGCCCUCUGCUCCCCUGGGCCAUAGCCCCCUGCCCAGCAUCUCAUCCCACUCCUCCUUCUGCUCCUUGGUGCUUGUCCCUCAUCAAAUCUGCUGACCCUGGGUUUCCUUAUUAUUCCACCAGGCUUGAGUGCCCAAUGGGAGCCUGACCCUAGGAAAGGUGAAUCCCUUCUAGACUCAAGGAAUGAGAGUCCACGUCCGCAGUUAGAGGGCUGCCCUCCAGCACUGGAAGAGCCUAGCGGAGGCUGCCAGUGGCCAUCUGUCAGGGUGUCUGCGGACAGGAUUCCUCUGUGGGGUGGGGGUUGGAUGGAGCUUGGAAGCCCAUUCCAACUUUGAAAUUCUGUGGCUGUGUUUCUCAUGGUGGAAUUUCAGACCCAGAAUGGGGGCAGGGUGGUCUGUUUCUGCCUACAGCAGUGGUGAUGGGAAGGCUUCCUAGAAGAGGCAUGAGAGAUCAAGGAGAGGUGCUGUGAGAGUGGGGAUCCUACAGGAGACAGGUUUGUCACUCUGACUCUGAAGAGGGUGUAAAGUACAGCCUCCAUUAAGCCUUCACUUGUGUGGGCCCUUCUGUAGGUUUUGUGGAAAUCCGUGUGCAUGGAUAAUUUAUAACGAUUUCUUCCUGAAUCCAAUUUGCUACAAGUCCCUCAUGGAUAGUUCACUAUCACUUUCACAUCCCUCUAGGCCAUUGGCCCUCUCAAAAAGCCAGCCAGGAAGACAGGACAUGCCAUGAGGCCCUUGUCCUGGGUCUGUGGGCUGGAGGAAGUUGGAGCUGGGCCUGCCCUCUGGGGAACCUCAGCUGCUGCGUGGGUCUACUCCCCUAUCAAUGUGGUGAAAGGCAUCUACUAGCCUUGGCCACCCUGUUGGAUGUUUGGUGGGGCCUCUAUGGCCAUAUGCGGAAUGGCAGGGAAGUCCACCUCCCUGCCCUCUCCAGGAGGCAGGUUUAUAACUGCUCUCUUGUGCCUCCUGUUGCUGUCCCUGUACCCAAUGGCCAUCGCCUGCUGUAGGUCACAUCUCCCUGAGAGACCCAUGUUCUUUCCCAGAGCUCCUGAAGGCUUCUGUUUUGGGAAGCCAGGUGGAAAGAGGAGCCUCGGAGAAGCCUUGCCAUCUUUCUAAUGGGUGGAACCUUCGGAAGCCCAAAUCUACAGGCAAAGGCAGCGACUCAUCAGAGGGCUGGACACUGGGAUCUAUGUUUAAGUUUUAACUCUCGCUUACAAAGACCACAAUAAUUCCUUCCCUGAAGCCCACCAGCCCCCCAGCCCCGCGCAGCCCCAGCCUGCCUCCCACCGCCCAGCUACCCGCCAUGCCCUCCAGUGGCCCGGGGGACACCAGCAGCUCUGCUCAAGAGCGGGAGGAGGACCGAAAGGAAGGAGAGGAGCAGGAGGAGCCUCGAGGCAAGGAGGAGCGCCAGGAGCCCAGCGCCACGGCCCGGAAGGUGGGGAGGCCUGGCCGGAAGCGCAAGCACCCUCUGGUGGAAAGCAAUGACACGCCCAAAGACCCUCCAGUGACCUCCAAGUCCCCAUCUAUGGCCCAGGACUCAGGCCCCUCAGAACUGUUGCCCAACGGGGACUUGGAGAACCGUAGUGAGCCCCAGCCAGAAGAGGGGAGCCCCGCUGGGGGGCAGAAGGGCGGGGCCCCAGCUGAGGGAGAUGGUGCAGCUGAGACCCCGACUGAAGCCUCCAGAGCAGUGGAGAAUGGCUGCUGUGCACCCAAGGAGGGCCGAGGAGCCCCUGCGGAAGAGGGCAAAGAACAGAAGGAGACCAACAUUGAAUCCAUGAAAAUGGAGGGCUCCCGGGGCCGGCUGCGGGGUGGCUUGGGCUGGGAGUCCAGCCUCCGCCAGCGCCCCAUGCCACGGCUCACCUUCCAGGCGGGGGAUCCCUACUACAUCAGCAAGCGGAAGCGGGAUGAGUGGCUGGCACGCUGGAAAAGGGAGGCUGAGAAGAAAGCCAAGGUAAUUGCAGUAAUGAAUGCUGUGGAAGAAAACCAGGGGUCCGGGGAGUCUCAGAAGGUGGAGGAGGCCAGCCCUCCUGCCGUGCAGCAGCCCACUGACCCUGCAUCCCCCACCGUGGCCACCACACCUGAGCCUGUGGGGGCUGAUGCUGGGGACAAGAAUGCCACAAAAGCAGCUGACGACGAACCUGAGUAUGAGGACGGCCGGGGCUUUGGCAUUGGGGAGCUGGUCUGGGGGAAACUACGGGGCUUCUCCUGGUGGCCAGGCCGCAUUGUGUCUUGGUGGAUGACUGGCCGGAGCCGAGCAGCUGAAGGCACUCGCUGGGUCAUGUGGUUCGGAGAUGGCAAGUUCUCUGUGGUGUGUGUCGAGAAGCUGAUGCCGCUGAGCUCCUUCUGCAGUGCGUUCCACCAGGCUACCUACAAUAAACAGCCCAUGUACCGCAAAGCCAUCUAUGAAGUCCUGCAGGUGGCCAGCAGCCGUGCAGGGAAGCUGUUCCCAGCCUGCCAUGACAGUGAUGAGAGUGACACUGCUAAGGCUGUGGAAGUGCAGAACAAGCAGAUGAUUGAAUGGGCCCUCGGGGGAUUCCAGCCCUCUGGUCCCAAGGGCCUGGAGCCACCAGAAGAGGAGAAGAAUCCCUACAAAGAAGUUUACACGGACAUGUGGGUUGAGCCUGAGGCAGCUGCCUACGCACCACCCCCACCAGCCAAAAAACCCCGAAAGAGCACAACAGAGAAACCCAAGGUCAAGGAGAUCAUUGACGAGCGCACAAGAGAGCGGCUGGUGUACGAGGUGCGACAGAAGUGCCGGAACAUUGAAGACAUUUGCAUCUCAUGUGGGAGCCUUAAUGUCACUCUGGAGCACCCUCUCUUCAUUGGUGGAAUGUGCCAGAACUGCAAGAACUGCUUCCUGGAGUGUGCGUACCAGUACGAUGAUGAUGGCUAUCAGUCUUACUGCACCAUCUGCUGUGGGGGGCGCGAGGUGCUCAUGUGUGGGAACAACAACUGCUGCCGGUGCUUUUGUGUGGAGUGCGUGGAUCUCUUGGUGGGGCCAGGGGCUGCCCAAGCAGCCAUAAAGGAAGACCCCUGGAACUGCUACAUGUGCGGACACAAGGGCACCUAUGGUCUACUGCGGCGACGGGAUGACUGGCCCUCUCGCCUCCAGAUGUUCUUCGCCAAUAACCAUGACCAGGAAUUUGACCCUCCAAAGGUUUACCCUCCUGUCCCAGCUGAGAAGAGGAAGCCCAUUCGGGUGCUGUCUCUCUUUGAUGGAAUUGCUACAGGGCUUCUGGUGCUGAAGGACUUGGGCAUUCAGGUGGACCGCUACAUUGCCUCGGAGGUGUGUGAGGACUCCAUCACGGUGGGCAUGGUGCGGCACCAGGGGAAGAUCAUGUACGUCGGGGACGUCCGCAGCGUCACACAGAAGCAUAUCCAGGAGUGGGGCCCAUUCGAUCUGGUGAUUGGGGGCAGUCCCUGCAAUGAUCUCUCCAUUGUCAACCCUGCCCGCAAGGGACUCUACGAGGGCACUGGCCGGCUCUUCUUUGAGUUCUACCGCCUCCUGCAUGAUGCGCGGCCCAAGGAGGGAGAUGAUCGCCCCUUCUUCUGGCUCUUUGAGAAUGUGGUGGCCAUGGGCGUUAGUGACAAGAGGGACAUCUCGCGAUUUCUCGAGUCCAACCCUGUGAUGAUUGAUGCCAAAGAAGUGUCAGCUGCACACAGGGCCCGCUACUUCUGGGGUAACCUUCCCGGUAUGAACAGGCCGUUGGCAUCCACUGUGAAUGAUAAGCUGGAGCUGCAGGAGUGUCUGGAACAUGGCAGAAUAGCCAAGUUCAGCAAAGUGAGGACCAUUACUACUAGGUCAAACUCCAUAAAGCAGGGCAAAGACCAGCAUUUCCCCGUCUUCAUGAAUGAGAAAGAGGACAUCCUUUGGUGCACUGAAAUGGAAAGGGUUUUUGGCUUCCCUGUCCACUAUACAGACGUCUCCAACAUGAGCCGCUUGGCGAGGCAGAGACUGCUGGGCCGGUCGUGGAGCGUGCCAGUCAUCCGCCACCUCUUCGCUCCACUGAAGGAAUAUUUUGCUUGUGUGUAAGGGACAUGGGGGCAAACUGAGGUAGUGACACAAAGUUAAACAAACAAACAGAAAAAACUACAAAACACCAAGAACGUGAGGACGGAGAGAAGUAUCAGCACCCAGAAGAGAAAAAGGAAUUUAAAACAAAAACCACAGGUGGAAAUACCGGAGGGCUUUGCCUUGCGAAAAGGGUUGGACAUCAUCUCCAGAUUUUUUCAAUGUUAACCUUCAGUCCUAUUUAAAAAGCAACACCAAGCCCCCCUCCCCUUCCUCCCUAUCCCCUCUUUUUGGGUCAAACCUUUUGUUUUCUACUCUUUUCAGAGGGGCUUUCUGUUUGUUUGGGUUUUUGUUUCUUGCUGUGACUGAAACGAGGGUUUAUUGCAGCAGAAAUCAGUUAACAACAACAAAAAAAAAAACCAGUAAAUAUCUUGCAGAAGAAAGGCAGGAGAGAGGGAAAAAAUUCUAUAGAAAUCUAUAUUGUUUUUUGUUUUGUUUUUUUUUUUUUAAACUAUAUAUCUUUCUUUUGUUGUCUCUAGCCUGAUCAGAUAGGAGCACAAGUGGGGACAGAAAAUAGAGACCCUCGGGUGGGUGGCAGAAUUCCCUCCCCGCCGGGGCAGUCUCACCAGCACCAUUCCUGGUCAUGCAAAACAGAACCCAACUAGCAUCAGGGAGAUGAGAACACCACACAGACACUUUUCUACAGUAUUUCAGGUGCCUACCACACAGGAAACCUUGAAGAAAAGCAGUUUCUAGAAGCUGCUGUUACCUCUUGUUUACAGUUUAUAUAUAUAUGAUAGAUAUGAGAUAUAUAUAUAAAAGGUACUGUUAACUACUGUACAACCCGACUUCAUAAUGGUGCUUUCAACAGCGAGAUGAGCAAAAACAUCAGCUUCCAUCUGGCCUUAUGUGCAAAGGGUUUUAAUCAAGGAUGGGGAAAGGGAUUCGGCGUGGAGCAGGCUUCUUGUCUGGUGGGGUUUCUUUACCCCUUGGUGUUUAACCAACUGAAGGAGGAGAAUUGAGGAGUGGAGUUCUCCUGCUUCCCCUGCCAAAAAAAGGGGGGAUCAGCCGAGGUGGUUAGGACUUGGGGAAGCUGAGCGUGGAGUUCAUCCAGACUCAUGCAAUAACCAUUGAAUUUUUUUUCUUAAAAAAAAAAAAAAAAGACUCCCUUGGCAAGAUGGCAGAGCGAGGAGUCUUCACCCCUGAUUUCUCAGAUUAGCCAAGUCAAGGGCUCCUUGUGGUGGGAUCAGAAAUAAUCCAGAGUGUGGGAAAGUGAUAGUUUAAAAAAAAAAAAAAAAACCCACCUGGAGCAAAUAAAAAAACAUACAAAACGUACUGGUGCUUUCCUGUCUAAGUCGCCUUUUGUGUGUUCUUUUAUGAGGCCUCCACCAUCCUCCCCUCUGCGCACAAGGCGGCUUGGCCCUCGGAAUGUGAUGUUUUUGAUCAUCUCCAAAGGCUGCAGUUUUAUACUGGGAGGCUGAUGACACCUUUUAUUAUGAUUAUUCUUAUGGUUCUGGUUAUAAUUAUGUUUGUUUUAAGAUUUUCUUUAAGAAAACAAAAACCCAACACCCUUCCCUUUAGGUUACAAACCAAGGUGCGGGGAGCCAGGUGCUUCUCAAUAGUGGUGGCUCUGGUGCCCUGGCUCCCACCCCUCGGGCCAGGUGGGCCACUGAGCAGCACGGCGACAAGCUGGGCGGCCAGGGAGUCCCUGAGGCCUGCUCUCCGGGCUGGUCACUAUUCUCUUCUACUUCCCCUCCUCGUGAGUCUGGUGUGUCAGGGCGGAGGGAGGCCCGGGCAGCCUCUCUCCUUGUGUGUGUGGUUGGAGUGGUGUGUGUUUCUUUUCUAGUGUUUGGUCUGAUAGCUGUGCUCUUACCUCUGAGUCAGCAGCACCUGGAGCCCACAUGCUCGCACUUUGUUUGCUUCCUACCGGGGCAGGCGUUGGCAGUGGGAAGGGACGGCGUUGUUGGCUCCAGGGCGAGGGCCCAAUGGGCAGAGCUUGCCUGGAUGGAUGGGGUGUAGAUAUGUGGCAUAUAGAGAUAUAUAUUUUAUAAGGGGAGGGGGGGCGGCACCUCCUGGGACCGGCAGAGCUCGGAGGUGUGCCGUCAAGCACACGGUCCGGAGAUCGCAUCCCUAGAAAGAUGGAGCCUAUGGUGAUAGGCGCUAUAUAAAUACAUAGAUAGGGUCAUGUAUUAGAAAUAUUACGUCGUGGGGUGUGGGAGGAGCAGGCUCAGUGUGCUGAGCCUGGGGCCUUGCCGCAGACAGUCCCACACCAGCCAGUCAGUCUCACAUGCACAGGAACCUAUUUCUAUUCAGACGCAUGCCGAGCGCACACACCAGGGAGCUCCCAGCGCUCUGCUCCCAGGAUCAGGACUUCAUGGAGUCAGCCCGGGCAGCUCUUUACCUCUGUUGCCCUGAUAGCAGGCAGACCCGGUCCUAGAAGUUGCUAGGUGCUGAAGGCAGGAAGAGGAGGUUUGAUCCAAGCAGGUGCUUCCUCUAGCAGGUCAUAUUCUGUCCCUUUUGCCCCUGGUGAUGUCAAAGAUUCUUCUGUUAGCAACCUGUGAUACUGACCUGCAACUCCAGGCACCGGUAAAGUCAGCCCUCACUCCCCCUACCUAUUCUCCCCAACCAAAAUCAAAUUGCUGUCCCUGACUGUCUUGGCCACAGGGCUUCCAUUAGGGAAAAAAAAAAAAGGGACAGUGAACCUCAACUUUUGGCUGAAG